CACUGCAGAUAAGGAAUCAAAACAAAAGGCGAAAAAAAUAGAAUUUUUAUUUUCAUGCGAAAUGGGCAAAUGUUUUUGGUCUUAAAUAAAUAAUUGCCCGUUGGUUUUGCAACAAAGUCAAUAUGAAGCUGUACAAGCUGAACACACACACGCGUGGAUGCAAUAAAUCCUACGAUGCGGACCUGGUAAUGAACUUGAAGGAUCAUCCCAACGCCAACGUGGGCGAUGUGGUCGAGAUCUAUGCCCCCGACGAGGAGAACGGCACCCACCUGCUGCUCCAGAUCACGGAGUUCAAUGGGAGCUGCGGCCGGGAUGUGAUCAGCAUCGAGUCGGGCAUUGCCAAUGCCUUCAAGAUGCGUCAGUACUCCAAUGUGGUGAUGCGCAUUGUUAACCCAGCGGAUGUGGCCCUGGACUCCAUAGAGAUCACCUUCAAGGAUCAGUACAUGGGACGUUCGGAAAUGUGGCGUCUCAAAACUUAUUUGACGGACACCUGCGUGUAUGUUAACAAGAAGAUCGACUACAAUGACAUGCAAAUUCGAUGCCAGGUGUACGAGAUGUGGUCGCAGGGCGAGCGAGUGGCCAGCGGCGUCAUUACGGAGGACACCAAGAUUGUCUUUCGGAGCAGCACCUCAAUGGUUUAUCUUUUCCUGCAAAUGUCCUCGGAAAUGUGGGACUUUGACAUCCAUGGAGAUCUGUAUUUCGAGAAGGCAGUGAAUGGUUUUCUCACUGAGCUCUUCCAGAAGUGGAGGAAGUUAAGCUGCAACCAUGAGGUCACCAUAGUGCUCUUCUCCCGCACCUUCUAUGCGGCCAAGUGCUUGGACGAGUUCCCCGAGCACAUGCGCGACUGCCUGCAGCAGGACUACAAGGGUCGCUUCUACGAGGACUUCUACCGCGUUGCCAUCCAAAAUGAGCGCUGCGACGACUGGUGCACGGUGCUAGGACAGCUGCGAAAGCUAUUCACCUCCUAUCAGGCCACAGUGCUGCGCUAUCAUGAAAGGGAGCACAUGAAAAUCCCCCCAGCCACCAAUUCCUCGGCCACGCAGGGCAACUUCCUGGAGGUGCUGAACAUCUCGCUGAACACCUUCGAAAAGCACUACCUGGACAGAACUUUCGAUCGCACCGGGCAGCUCUCUGUGGUCAUAACCCCGGGCGUGGGUGUAUUCUCAGUGGAUCGAGAGCUGACCAACAUCACCAAGCAGCGCAUCAUCGACAAUGGAGUGGGCAGCGAUUUGGUCUGUGUGGGAGAACAGCCGCUGCAUGCAGUGCCGCUACUUAAAUUCCACAACAAGGACACCACUUUGACCUCCGCCGACGACUACUCCCUGCCCCACUGGAUUAACUUGAGCUUCUACUCCACCAACAAGAAGAUAGCAUAUUCAAGCUUUAUACCGCGCAUCAAGCUGCCACUUUUUGGCUCUCAGCUGACGUUGUACGAUGGCGCAGGCGAGGGAGGCGACGGCGAGGAGAACGAGAGUCACUUCCUAAGCUGCAAUCAGUCGGAAUACAAACAUAACUCGCUUUUCGACUACGAUGCCUAUGACGAGCAAAUCUUCCAACCAUUGCCCGCCCAGAGUACUUGCUCCCUGCAGCGCGUGGUGCGAGCCAAGAAAACAUCAGUGCCCAGUCUGGAGACGUAUGCCUAUAGGAACAACGAUUGGGAGAAUCUCACACCCACACAGAUUCCGGCUAUGCGGCGCAAAAUGUCCGAUCCAGACAUUCAUCAUGGCACUUCGGCAAUGCUGGCUGCUUUGCAACCGGAUACGACGAAUCUCUCAGAGUCUCUGGCUUCGGAGAAGAACUCCCGUCGAACAAUCGUUAGCAUUGCUCCCAUAGUGCGUCCAGGUCGCGCUCUCAUCAAUCCCUUUGAUCCCUCGCAAGUCACCAUCAAGUUGACUUCCAAUCGCCGUCGCUGGACGCACAUCUUUCCCAAGGGUCCAACCGGAGUGCUUAUACAACAGCAUCACUAUCAAGCGGUGCCAGCGAAAACCACGCAAGCGUGUCAGCAGAGACCAUUGCAGCAGAUCCAGAACAACAGUCAGACAGGAAGCAAUAACAAUAACGAGCAGGAGGAUUACGGGUGCGAGAAUGGAGAGCAGUACGACCGAGUGUCCACCCAUUCGCUGCUAAGCAAGUCCGCCUCCUCGCAGAGCUUUGUCAUGGGUGAAGAGAAAAUUGACUUCUUCAAGAGGCGUCAGAACUCGCUGAUGAAUGCCCUGCCCGCCAAUGUGCCCAAUCUGACGGCCACCCAGGCCAAAUCCUAUCUCUGGGGAGCAACUGGGGAGCAGGAGUGGACGCCAGCAAUUACCACAGUCAAGCAUCUGAGGCCGAUCGUCGAGGGCGAGCAUCAUCAUCUGGGCGGCCUGGAGGCACUAAGGGCUGUGGCCGUAGACCCGCCCCCCGAUCCGGAGGCGGGCGGAGGCGGCGGCGGAAGAGGAAAGAUCAUCAUAGGCGUCGACUGGAAGUCGCUCACCAUACCCGCCUGUCUGCCCAUCACCACGGAUUACUUUCCCGACAAGCGUUCAUUGAACAACGAUUAUGUGAUCUCGGAUUACACGCUGCUGCCCGAUGAUGUGAAUCAUGAUUAUGCCCAGAGUAGAGCUGUUUACAGGAAACCCCUGUCCACGGAGGAGGUAUGCAAGGAGAUCGUUUCGCAGCGUUUGGCUCAGGGUUUCCAGUUAAUCGUGGUCGAUGAGAAACCCCCCACCGCGAUCGGAUGCUCCUCGGGAUCUGCGGUGCAGCCGGUGAAGCCGCCCUGCGAGAUCAAUAAGGAAUACCUGCUCUCCAUUGGCCGCAUCUUUCACAAGAUCUCACUGACCGGUUCGGUGAUCACAGUCACGGGUUAUAGGCCCAGACACCCGUACCCUCCAAUAAACGUGGACUACCGGUACCGCUUUCAUGCCCCACAGCACGAGACCUACGAAAUCUCUGGCGUUAACUUUACCACCGAGAAGCUGGAGAACUUUAACUGGAACCACAUGGAUCUGUACAUUUGUACGCGAGGAGAUGUGGAUUAUCCACUGAUGGAGAGCCUUAAGUACUGGCGCUAUCGCAUGUACCUGCUGCCCAGGGAGAACAUUGUGAGCAAGAUCGCCAGCUGUCAGCGUUGCGACAUAUUCCCCGAUGUGACGGCGGACAAUACCCGGGAACAGGUGGAGGACUUCGUCCGGCUGAUCGAGGCGGUCAGCAAGCUGAAGCGCCAGUUUGCUCGUAGGGCGAGAGACAGCCCCAUCGCCCACAGCUUAACCAAGCGACGACACAGUACCAGCAUUAUAUCCAGGCCUCAGCCUAACCAGGGACUCACGAAUUCUCCGUUCCGGGAGAGAGUCGGCAGUAAUCGACUGCCGGAAAAGCGACCAAGCAUUAAUGUGCGUCCCAAGCUGGAAAAUGGUCGGAUUCCGCGUAUAUUUCCCGCCACCGAUGCUGCGGCAACUGCAGGACUCGCCGCCAGAGAUGACCAGGAUGAUGGGUUCCCCGUUGACAUCAAGUUCAGUCCGAAUGCCACGCUGGUCGAGAUCUUUGAGGCCAUGAAGCAUCCAGUAACCGGAGUGGGCUACUUUUCCCAGACCCAGUCGCUGCCCUCCUGCACAUUUGUGUCGUAUGAUGCACUGAUGUGGUUGAAAACCCGUCUCAACAAUGGACGACAUCCUCUUGAACUUUUGGAGGCCAUGCGAAAAGAGCGCAUGAUCUGCCAUGCUUCGGGUGAUUGGAAAAAGCCAGUGGUGCCUGGCUUUGUUUUCUAUUAUGUGGUGCAGCAGGAUAAGAAUGCCAAAGAUUACGCCCCGCCUUUGGGUGAUUACAGUGCCUUUGUUAACGAAUGGCUAGAGAUUGAGUUCCAGGGAUGCAGUUUCCUAUGGUAUGAUGAGCCUCUAACCACACCAGUGCCCAAUUUCUUGAGGGACUCACCCGCUCCCCAAUCCUGGACAGAAACCUGCAGCAAUAAGCGCGUCUAUCGCCAGUCGCAUUUGGAGAUAGAUGUAAACCAGAAGAGCGAUCGCAUGGAGUGGGGUCAUGUCAAGCAUCAUACAGUGCUGCAGCCCGGAUUCGCCUUUGAGAUUGUGGUCGAGUGGGUUACCUCAUCGGGUCCCAUAGUUGCUGAUUUGAUUGGUGGCUGGAUGCGCAAGGCGAAUCAGUUUAAUUUCUUGGUCUCAGUGCCAGCAGAUCCCAUGGCAGAGCCCUUCACCAAGAAAUCCGAUCCUCUGAGAGGACCCAUUUUCAUUCCGCUCUGCACAACAUUCCUGCCCAAUGGAGCUGCUCUUUUCGAGGAGUUCCCCGAGGAAAGCAGAUCGGAUCGUAUGUUGUUCUUGCAGGAGGCCAUUUUGGCCAAGUUUGGAUUUUUGCCCUGUGUUUUGGAAAAGAAAUAUAGCGUGGGAAAGGAUCUGCCCAAGGAAUACCAGUAUGUUCACUGCACGGGCAAUAUGUUUGCCUUGAUACGCUGCGCUACAAACAACUACCAGGUGGAAUCUCCCAUUCUGCAGGAGGCCAAUGUCACUCGAUGCGUCUACGGCCACACGAACAACACAAAUGUGCCCAAGAAGGUAGGUUUUCUGUGGGCCUGGAAUCAUAUGAUUCCCAAUAAGAAGUGGAAGGCGCAGACCAUCAACAAUUCCGCGGACGGGGAGCUCUUCCAGUUAAAAAUGCUUAAAGAUUUCCGCGAGUUCUGUUCGAACAGCGAUCAGCGUCUGUCCACUUUUUGGUCGCAGUCCCAGGAACUGAAGCGAAAGGCCCAGAAGUUUGAGUUUAACAACAACAACACCGAUGAGGUUAAGCCCAAAUAGAGUUUAAUGGACGAAGAUAUAAGUGCAUCGCGUUUUAAAUUGUACAUUCUGUUUUUUGGAUAUAAUUAUUUUUUAUUUUUGAAUAAUUUAAUUUUUCAAUUUCAAACCAGUUUUAACCCUCAAUAAUUGAAACUUUCUUUUUUCUCUUACUAGAAAUUGCAUUUAUUUAUCGUAAUAAACUCAACACGUAUAUAA